AGCUUGUAAAAAUAGCACUGUUGUACACAAACAGAGUUAUCUUUACGUAAAGCUGUUUGAUAAACUUGAACGAGAGUGGAUAAGACAGUUUCUGUAACUAGGUUUAUGUUCUUAGUAACCGUAACAAGAUUGUAAGAUCAAGACUGGAGUUUCUACUAAUAUACAAACACAUAAAUGGUAUACGCUAGACUGAGUAUAACAUAAGUUUCAUAAAUAACCUCCUUAGAUAAUCGACCUUUCCUACGCAAAUAAAAGAUCGCAGUGAUCUUAUUGGUCGGAUCCACUUACAUGGAUAGCUUGUGUUCUCCCAUCAAAUCGCAUAAAACACGCAGAGUUUGCUGUCUGGAGAGGUAUCUUUAACCUGAUGGACUUUGAUUCCACAUUUAAGACUUAUACUUUACUAAAUACUUACAGUCAAACACAAGAUUUCCAAUAGAACAAAUCCAAGAUGAACUGAAUGCACGAGCUUUUCGGUAAACGAUGCCCAGCGGAAUAAUUAAGCGACCAUUCAACGCUGAUUUUAUAGGCUAAUUGGCAUUCGUCUUAACGACCAGUCUGUUUCUAUCCCCCAGACACGUGGCUCACGGUUCUAAACAAUAACUCUACAACAUUUUUUUUCCAUUCAUUAAGGAACAUAUUUUAACAGUUGUUACUCCAUACUAAAUCUGGUGGAAUUAUAAAAGUAAACCAGUGCAUUCUCGCAGGUAGUCCGCACUCGCCAUGUUGCACUAAUCUAUCUCUGUCAACUAGCAUUGUGACGUAAGCACGUGUGUCAACGUUAGACGGCGUCAUUGGCUGCUACAGGUCAUGUGAUAUGUUAAUUUCUGGAGGAAGGAGGAGUCAAAGCACAGUUAAACGACAACUCCGAAGAAAAAUUAUUUCCAUCCAAUUCCCCCAAAAAUUAAUGAUCAUGAGUUCGUUUUUGAUGAACUCUCCUCCGUACGCGGAGCCGAAAUUUCCACCAAGUGAAGAAUAUUUACAAACAAGCUACAUGGAAAGUAACUACUACAACCAUCCGUAUUGUUUUAACGGCCAGCACACGUCUGUGAAUUAUGGCCUCGACAACAGCGGUGGCUACACAAAUCAUCGAAACUCUCCUCAUUACUACCGGCCUCCCUGUUCUCUCGCGCAGAACGUUCACGGGCCAACGAGUGGGAGUUCCAUAGUUAACCCGACUCCGGCUACCGACAGCCCGAACCGUGCCUUGCAAGGGCAGCCGCAACACCCUUAUAGAUCGCCGGCGUCUCCGCCAGUAGCGGCCCGUACCUCGUCACCUAAUCAGCAGCAAGGGUUUACCGAAAAAAGUCCCGACUGUAACGCGUCGACGACGGGACAGCCGGUUAUCUACCCCUGGAUGAAAAAAGCCCACCUCGGCACAGGAACAGACAAUGGUAAUUUCUCUCCCGGCCUGGAGACCAAGAGGCAACGGACAGCUUACACGAGACAUCAGAUCUUGGAGCUGGAGAAGGAGUUUCAUUUCAACCGGUACCUUACAAGGCGGAGACGGAUAGAGAUAGCUCACUUGCUAUGUUUGUCAGAGAGGCAGAUAAAAAUCUGGUUCCAAAACCGGCGGAUGAAAUGGAAGAAAGACAACAAACUUCCUAACACGAAAAAUGUGAAGAAAAGAAACCAACACGUAGAAUCCCUGAACAACCUGACACCCCUUUCGAACCACAUACAACAACAACUAGGACGACUUCUUCCUCAGACAACACAACUAGACUCAAAAUCUGACUACGGCUUAACAGAACUCUGAUGUAACGUGAAAUACGAAGAGGACCGCGUUGUGUACGGGAUACGUGGGUUAAUAACAGUCUUUCAUGUAACAGGUCACUCUGUACUCGGCCAAAUGUUCUGUGAACUUGUUUUAUAGAUGAAAAAUUUGACCAACGUCGUAGUUUAAUUUAAUUUGACAUCCUGAAUGAGUUGUGACAUCAUUUGUGUGUCUUUAUUUUUUGUAAAUAUAUUUAACCAGGUCACUGUUGGGGUCAUGCAUUCAACAACUAAGGUUGACAAGUGAGCAUUUUCUGCUUUAUAUAUAUAUUUGAGGCUCUCACGUUGACUUGUAUUACUCAGGGUAUUUAGCUUUACACUUGUAGAUUUAAUUACUGACCGAGGAAAGAAGCUAGAGUAUUCUUCAUACUCCCAUAAAAUAAGAGAAACAGUGGUAUUCUUUGUACUCCCAUAAGAUGUGAGAAACAGUGGUAUUCUUCAUACUCCCAUAAGAUAAGAGAAACAGUGGUAUUCUUUGUACUCCCAUAAGAUAAGAGAAACAGCAGUAUUCUUCAUACUUCCAUAAGAUAAGAGAAACAGUGGUAUUCUUUGUACUCCCAUAAGAUGUGAGAAACAGCAGUAUUCUUCAUACUCCCAUAAGAUAAGAGAAACAGCAGUAUUCUUCAUACUCCCAUAAGAUAAGAGAAACAGCAGUAUUCUUUGUACUCCCAUAAGAUAAGAGAAACAGCAGUAUUCUUCAUACUUCCAUAAGAUAAGAGAAACAGCAGUAUUCUUCAUACUCCCAUAAGAUAAGAGAAACAGCAGUAUUCUUCAUACUCCCAUAAGAUAAGAGAAACAGCAGUGUUCUUCAUACUCCCAUAAGAUAAGAGAAACGGCAGUAUUGUUCAUACUCCCAUAAGAUAAGAGAAACAGCAGUAUUCUUUGUACUCCCAUAAGAUAUGAGAAACAGCAGUAUUCUUCAUACUCCCAUAAGAUAAGAGAAACAGCAGUAUUCUUCAUACUCCCAUAAGAUAAGAGAAACGGCAGUAUUCUUCAUACUCCCAUAAGAUAAGAGAAACGGCAGUAUUCUUCAUACUCCCGUAUUUAUAUAUUUUUUUUCUUGUCAACUGUUACUACGAGAACCAUUUAGCUCUGUAAUAAUGAGAUCUUAAUUUCGUGUCCGCUAAAGGUAAAAUAUGUAAAAAUGAUCAAGAUUAUAUGUUAAAUAUUAUGUUUAUUAUAGUGUAUGUAUAGUAUUUCCUUAAUUUAUAUUCAUUGCAGGUCAUUACUUUGAUGAGUUAGCGUUGGAAAAGCAGUCCAGGUUCUUGUUCUAGACUUGUUUAUUGCAGCUGACAGCGCCCCUUGUGGUUGGAAUUGAAAAAUAAGAUUUGGUUGUUUCCGUCAUGGAACUGGUUGGUUGGAAGUAGAUGUUGUGUUGGUUGUAAUCUUCUAGAAAGGAUCAAACAAAUAUGCAAGAAAACAUAAUUAAAGGGCCAUGUUUUGGCCAUGUUGAAACGAUACAUUCCACGAACUAGUACAGGCGACAGCAAAAAAAUAUGCUCUAUUUUUAUAGUCACGAGUCGGAGCUUUACAACACACUUUAAAUUAAAAAAUAAUAUCAUUUAUUUUUAAGCCUAAUUUUCUAGUAACGUAAUUAAAAUAUACGCUAGAACUAACUUGUUUAACUAUCACAAUGAAAGAAAAUUGGUGUAAACCUUAAGUUAUUUACAAGCGAAUUUUCCAUAAAAUUUACAAAAUUGAACUUAAGCAACAAAGACCAACUUUUGAAACCAAAAUUUAACAUAAAGUCAACCUUUCUAAUGAAGUUAUAUUCUCAAGCGAAUCUAAUAAUAGGUUUCUUAAUUAUCAAAUGAAGUGUUUGAUAAAAAAUCAAAGUUUUCCACAAGUUACGUUCUUUUGUACAGAUCCGGGUUCAGUCUUGAGUAGGUACGAGACAUACAUGCCACCAGUGUAAGCUGUAUUGUUAUUGGUCAACCAGGUCACGUAGUCACUUUCCUCCGCACUUUUAGUUAACUCCUGAUUUGUUUUUUAACAAUUGUUGUGACCUUCUAUUUAAAGAUCUCUGGCUGUAUUGUUGUAUAAGACAAAUAAACACGCUUUGAUUUGC